ACAGGCAAUUUUUUACGAGGAAAUUCCCAAAGUUUAUAAUACAAACUGAACAUAGAAGAAAAAAUGGAAAUGGAGUCACAAGCCGCCCCUUCUUAUCCCCGUGCUGGAUUCCGCUGCUACAAUUGCGGUGAGAACGGACACCAAGCUCGUGAUUGCACAAAGGGCGCUAUCUGCUACAACUGCAAUCAAACUGGACACAAGGCCAGUGAUUGCACUGAACCCCAACAAGAAAAGACUUGUUACGCUUGUGGCACCAGUGGUCAUCUCGUUCGUGAAUGCCCUUCCAAUCCUAACCCCAAUCCUAAUCCCCGUCAAGGUGCUGAAUGCUACAAGUGUGGACGCGUUGGUCACAUUGCUAGAGACUGCCGUAGCAAUGGCCGUGCUGGUUCCCGUCCCAUGAACUGCUACGCUUGUGGUUCCGUCGGCCAUCAAGCCCGUGACUGUACCAUGGGUGUUAAGUGCUAUUCUUGCGGUAAGAUUGGUCACCGUAGCUUUGAAUGCCAACAAUCUAAUGAUGGUCAAUUAUGCUACAAAUGCAACCAACCUGGUCACAUUGCUAUCAACUGUACUAUUCCUUCUGUUGAAGCUUAAAUGAAUUAAUUUUCAUUGUCGCCGUUGGCCUAGGAUGUGCUCUAGUAAAUACUUAUCUAUUACUUCUUUCGAAACUAUUCGUAUAGAAAAAAUAAUUGGGACUUCCUUUUCUUGAAUGUUUUUACUAUUUAUGCCAUCCAAUUGAUAAGUCCCAUCUUUUGCCCAAACACUUUUUUAGAAGGGCCUUGAUUUUUAUGCUAUUCGCAACCUACUAACUUAUAUAAUUUGUUGCUUUGAAUAAUAUGGUCAUUGCGAAACUUUUUUAAGGGACGAAGUUAUAUCCUUUUUCAACGUUUGCCUUCUUAAGAAAAAGGCUCUAUUAGUCGGGUAUAAAGCUCAUGAUCGGUAGACUUUCUUACUUGCCGUACCCUUUUACCUCGUUUUUCCUUUUCCGAUUCACCUAUGCAGGAUAUUAUUAUAUCUCAAGCUUCAUCGUUGGUUACGGUACUUGUAUUAAUAUUGACA